CUCCAUACCAAUACCAAAAUAUAAGACGUUUUUGUAGGCUAACCUGCAAAAACGUCUUAUAUUUUGAUAUAGAGGUAAUAUCAAGUUAUUUGUUCUUUUGUGGGGAAAAGGUCUUAGUAAGUUGAUGUUGUUGGCGUAGCAGUCUUGUCACCAAAGAUAUACCACUGGAUCUGUAUUAGAAAAAUGUUUCUGAUGGUAUGACUUUGAAGUCACAUUAUUCUAUAUGUUAUCGGUCUAAUUCAUGGUCAAAGUUAAAUCUCAUAAAGGGUGACCUCAUAAACUGGAACCGCAGGAGUAUUGAAUGAGGCAGGGAAUGUAACUGAAAAUGUAGGCAUCGAAUGGGUAACUGGUGGCAAUGUUGUAUCUCUGUCAAUAACUCGCGCAAUAAACAUCUUCUGCCUUCUGGCGGCAGAAUUGACUCCACGAUUUUUGCCAUCUUCAGUGCGAUUGCAAUACGUUCAAUACGAGCAACCAGCAGGAGCAGAUGGAUUUUCAAAGUUCAAGGACCCCCCAUAGCCGGGGUGGCAUUUUGUAAAACUGCCAUGGCAAUUUUUUAAAUCUGCAGGGAGGUUAACAUUUCCCAAGUUCAAACGAGUCCAGCAACCGAACGAGGUGGCUUCGUGAUCCAGGUGAGCGCUGCAGCCGAGAGUCCAAACCGAGCCCAACCCAAAACUAGCGUCCAAAACCAAGGUGCGCCGCAGCGGAAACCUUUUUGUUUGUACGCGUGCCUGCCUUGCUAAAAACAAAAGGGAAAUUUCUCCGCAGCCGCACCAUCCCCGGACUGGAUAAAGAGAAACCCCCACGCGCUGCGCACGGCCGCGACGCGGAAACCAAGCCAGAAACCCACCGAUUUUGGCGAUUUGUUCGUCACGCCGGCCAUUCCCGCUCGCCGCCACGGCACGCAAUGACGGCUAGCCACCCUCGGUGAGAAGCCAUUAAAGCAGCCGCGCCUCGGUUCCGACGCCGCCGCCUUCGAUUCGCUCCGAGAAAAACCCUCUUCCGAUCGCCGGGGGCGCCAUGCGCACCAAGCACUUGAUACCCAACCACGCCGCGGGGCUCACCUACGCGAACGCCUACGCCGCCGCCCGCGAGGGCCACGGCGGCGGCGGCGUCGACCCGUUCGGGGCCUUCCCCGACGCGGUGCUCGGGCUGAUCGUCUCCAAGCUGCCCUUCAGGUCCGCCGUCGCCUCCUCCGCCAUCUCGCGCCGGUGGCGCGGCGCGGUGGCCGCCGCGCCUGCGCUCGACCUCGACUUCGCCGCGGCGUUCCCCGCCGCGCCACGCCGCAGGGCGGCAUUCGCGGCCGCUGCCGCCGCCGCGCUCGCGGGCUCGCGGCGCCACCCGCUCCGCCGCCUCCGCCUCGCGCUCGACGGCUUCUUCGACCAGGCCUUCGCCGCCUCCGCGGCCAGCCACGUCGCCUCCUGGCUCGCCGCCGCCGCGGCGCGAGGCGUCGAGCAGCUGGAGCUCCACCUCCCUCGCUCCCGCCUCGCCGUGAUCCCUCCCUCCCUCCUCGCCUGCACCGACCUCACGUCGCUCACCCUUCGCCUCGACCACAACGCCCUUCCGCUCCCUUCCCUCUGCCUCCUCACCCGCCUCUCCCGCCUUCACCUCGCCUCCGUCUCGCUCGUUGGCUGCGGUGACUUCUUCGAAGACCUCUGCUCUCACUGCACGCAGCUCAGCUGCCUGAUCCUUGAACAGUGCCACAUCGGUGCACUCCGACUAGCCGGCGCGCCGCAGCUUUGCUCGCUUGACAUCGCCAGCUGUUCGUGGACGGAGCAGUCGUCUAUUGCCAUUGCUGAGAUGCCGGCGUUGCGCACUCUCCGCUACUCGGGUGCGAUGGCGAACAGACACAUGAUUAAUGGCGCCGAUUCCUUGGACGAAGUCGUUCUGGCCAUUGAGAAGCCACAAGCUCUCCUGGAGCCUAAUCUCAGAGAGCUGCUUGCGUUGGUUGGAAACGUACGGAGCCUAGUGCUUUCGCCCUGGUGUAUUGAGCAAUUUUCUCAUCCUGAGGAAUGGUCCAAGGUGCGGCUGGACAAGGUGAGACGGUUGGCAUGCAUAAUAGAGAGGAGGGAAGAAGGUGCUUUGUCCAUUGCACCAUUGCUUACGAGUUGCCCCAAUGUGCAAGAACUUUCUGUGUCGGUCGUGCCAUCGCAGUCCAAGCGGAGACGGUGCAGCGACAGUGAAGUUCAGUAUCGUGUUAUUGGUGGUAGAGGGAUGAUCGUCAGGAAUCUCAGGGAAAUUAGGAUGGAGUACAUUGAUGAGAGCAAGAGUGGAUUGGAUCUGGUUAAGCUUCUGCUCAAGAAGGCGCAGAUGUUGGAGAUGAUGACAAUUGUGCCUUCCAUGGAUGGCCUUGAGCAGGCCAAGUUCAGGCGCAGGGUGUUGAAGUUCAGAAAAGCUUCCAGGAAUGUCAACAUCCAGUUUUGUGCCACUGCAUGAUGGAAUGGUUGUGUGUUAAUCACUGAAGUCUCAUGUUCAGUCCGUGAAGGAAGAAGUGGCUUGCCUGUCAUCAGUGAGGCUCUUCCAGUCCUGUUCCGGGCACUUCUAAGAUCUAACUUGUCACAGAGCUGCUAACUGCCAUUUUAAUUCAUUGCCGAGCUUCAUUUAGUUUUGAAAAUUUCCUAAUUCUCGGUGAACUUUAGCUUUGUUGGAUACAGAUACCUAGUUUUAUGACAAGUUAAUUUGAAGAAGCGUGUUGCUAUGGAUCUGUUUGGCCUAGAUGAAUAUUAUCUGAUGGUAUAAUUUGUAAGGCACCUCGAACCAGCAUUGUGUUCUUGGUGCCUUAUUAACCCAGUUGUUUGAACUUGUUUA